AUGAUGAGCCCUCGCUCCCCGCUUCCGCCAGUUAAAGCCACCAUGACCUCGCUCAAAUUAUAUACAAUAUUAACAGCAUUGUGGCUUGCUUCCUACGUUCAUGCUGAGGAGAAUUUCGCUAUUUAUAAUCCAGCCAUCUUCGUGUUAGCGGUGGACAACACUAAGCCCUGGGACCGGUUUCAUUAUGCCUUCGAUAACGGCGACGAUUGGGAUAAGCUAGCGGCGAAAGCGAAGGAGGAACCCGAGGCGAGAUUGACCUAUAACAGCGAGGCAGCGUUCACAUUCGGACUACCACAAAACCGAGACAUUCAGCUCGAUGCUUACCGCGUCGACGACGGCAAAUGGGACCUCCACGUAUUUACUAUUGACGCCAAACUGGGCAAGAAUAACCUGAAGGGGCCUAAGGCGGGUAGCUGUCACACUGAUGAAAAAGAGUUUGAUGAGAAGAAACAGGGACCGGGUAAAAGGACGAUCUUCUGUCGCGUCGAAGGUAAGAAGAUACCCAAAGUUGUGCCAUGA